AUGUCAUCCACUAAAGAGCCUGAAGCGGCCAGCAAAGCCGGCGAGGGUGAUAAGAAAGAUAUUAACACACUUGGUGCACUCGAGGAGGAUGAUGAGUUCGAGGAAUUCCCAACUGAAGACUGGGACGACUCGGAGACGUCUAUAGCACAACUAACCUCUGGCGCUAGCGGAAUAGCGGGGACAUCGGGAACAAGUGGUACAGCAGAUACCCUGUGGGAAGACAACUGGGAUGACGACGACAUCGAAGAUGACUUCAGCAAACAGCUGCGCGAGGAGCUGUCAAAAGUUGGGAGUACGACAGCGGACACCACCAUGAACGGGUGA